AUGGCAACUCUGUGUGCCACUGCCACAACAACAACGACAACCAUGACGACGGUCACUCCUGAUAGGCCGACUAUUUGCUUGGCCAACCUCGUAAAGGCUCCGCUUCAGCAAAGGAUGAUGUUGAUCCGUCUGGAUGCUCCCCCCGAUGCGGAGCAUUGGACGGGACCUCCAGUCCUUUGGCCCUGCAUUUACUUUCGGAAUUACAGCGCGAUGAUGGAAGAAUUGGCUGCCAUGCAUAAAUCCAUGAUGGAAUCGAACAAGGAUGUUGACAAGGACGUUGCCGACUUUAUAUUCUACGGAGAGAGCGAACUGAACAUAUUGGCUACAAACUUUAUCGAUGCAAUCAAGAAGGAAGAAGAGACUGCCAAGGCGGAAGGGAGGGCCGUUGAUAAGGAUCGCUGCAACACCGUGUCGCCGAUGUUACUUCUGGAGACCAACGAAUUGAUGCUAAAUCCCGAUGAAACCACUCUCCACAAAAUGGACCCCGAGUUAUUGGGAGAAAUGGCCAAUGGAUCUCCUGAUCUGAUUCCAGCUGUCAGGUGGGUACUUGACUACGCCAAAGGGCUACAAAAACCGCGUCAUGCUGCUGUCAAGCGAAAGAUGAAGUGGAUUUCCGCCAAUUUCAGCAAGAGACCCCGUGUCACCAAGGCACUCCAAUAUACUGAAAGUGCCCGGAAGCCUGCUCCUAUUGCUACAGCCGAGACCCCUGCUUCUGUCUCGGAAUCUGAAGGAUCAAGGAAGCCUGCUGCUGUGUCUACAGCCAAGAAGCCUGCAACCAUUGUGGAUCCACCAGUGCAAGCCGAGAAACCGGCUGCUUCAGUUGGCCUGACCGCCAAGAAACCUACAUCCACUGCUCAGCUAGCUGCUGUUGAUGUGACGGAUACCAGAGCCAAGAAACCAGCUGCCACCGAAGAGGAUCAGCCGGAUGCCAAGAAACGCGCUGCCGUCCCAGAAACUGCUGCCAAGACUCCUGCGUCCACAGAUGACCAGUCAAAGAAGAAACCUCGCCAGUCGGAGGCUUCUGCAAAGCCCGUGGAAGUGGAUGCAGUCAUGGAGCCCCUCACAGAUGUCAACAAGAUCCACGAAGAAGCUCAAAAGGCCUACCCUGUUGUCUACAAGAAGAUCCUGCCCCUCACAGAUGUCAACAAGAUCCAGGAAGAAGCUCAAAAGGCCUACCCUGUUGCCCACAAGAAUAUCCUGGACACAUCGACCCAGUCCAACCACGGCAAUGCCUCUGCCAACAACAAUAGCAUGUUUGACAUGGACGAAGUUCGUCGAUACCAGGGUGGCGUCAGGAUUCAGGAUGUGCCAAGAUUUGUUCAGGAGCAGGAAGAAGCCAGCGCCGCUCAAGAAGUUCCCGAAGAAGCGACGCAGCAAAAAGCCGCCACAAAGCAAAGAGAGUCUCGGACUGAAACGGCUACGUGGGUGCCUUAUGCUGAAAUCUCACCGUCCGCAAAGAAACAAGCAGUGGCAGGGAAGAAUGCUGCGUCGAAACCCGCUGCAAAGACUCGUGGGAAGGCCGGUAAAAAGCCACAUAACACAACUGCUGCCACUGUUGAGAUGGAGGAUGAUCAGGCCAAGAAAGCUGCGGAGGUUGAUGCGUCGGCUUGCAGCGAACUUCCAGCCCCCGAUUCGCCUGAGAUGGACAAACCGCUGACGGAGGUCGAAGAGCAGCCCGACGUUGUGAUUGAGUCUACCCCAACAGUGGCAGCAAAGAAAGGCGCUAAACGAAAGAAAGGGACCCGCGGAAAGCCUCCUCGCCCACAAGGGAAUACCAAGAAAAGAGGCCAAUCUGCAAACACUCCGUUGGAAACACCAGCGAAAGGCACAGCUGGAAACAAGAAAGUGAACUCCACUUCUCGAGGUCGAAAUACAGGGAGCAGCAUCAAGAAAAGCAAAACCCAACAUGGGCAUGAGCGGAUUCAUUCGCACACCUUCACUACGACAUUUAUAGGCCCUCGCCCCGAAGCGCAACGAAAAAUCCCAACCUUUGGUCAGGUCAAGUCUGUUCUAGAGGAACUUGGGUACUCUUGGGUGAAGGCAAAAGGAAAGAUCGCGAGAUAUUGCUGUCCGUCCUAUGGCUCGGACGACGCAUCAAGCAAGGAAAAUGGCAAGGACUAUGCAGAAACAGAAGAAGAGUUCCGAACGCUGCUUUGCGCGAAGGGAGUAGCAAGACCAAAGCAAUUCGUGAAAGCUGAUAAGUUCAAGAAGCUUGAACGUUGGGUCAGAUCAGCAGUGGUUACAUUGUUGAAACCAGGAGCAACUAUGCCCCAAGUAACAGUACCCGAGACAGUGCCGAAGACUCUUUACGAUAUUGGGUACUCCCACUCUACCAAUCAGUUGAAAAAGGGGCCUUAUGACGCUCGCGUUUUGGUGCAGAAAGAUCUGAUCAACAUCUUGACCUACGAGGGACUCAGCAGCGAUUGGUGCGAUUUUGACAAGGCAUCCCACGACAACCUGCUGCUCCUGCAAAUGUUCUUGGCAUUCUAUGAACGAGACAUGUUUGAACCACCACCGAAACAACUGGAGAAACGACGAGGUAGAAGUCGGUCGCAGAGUCCUUCAAUUCGGGUCACCCCAAACUCCAGGAAAGCUCCGACGAAAACAUCCAAGGCAAGAAAGGCUCAGGUCGCAAACACUUCUGCCGCCGUUGAGACGCCCACGACUACCCAGGUCGCUACGAAAGCCCCGCCGGCUGAGGUCGUCCCACCCGUGCAAGCGCCCAUGGUUGCUACGAAACCCGCCGCUGCUUCAAGUGAGCCCCCCCCGACAGAGGUCGGGGAAACUCAGGUCAACGAGGAAGCGGCGCCUGUUGCGACAUUGCCCCCAACGAAAACUCCCGUGGUCGUCCAUGAAGCGACUGCUCCUACUGUUCCGUUAUCUCCAUCAGUUGACAAGACUGCCCUGGCGAACUGCAAUGGCAGAGCUGAUGGUGGGAGGGCCUCAGUUGCUGCACGUGGCAAGGACUCGAGUGCCGUGAACAAUUUAGAGCGUACCUUCCAGAGUGUAGCUAGUGUGAAUGCAACAGACGGCAAAGCAGUUGUCCUGGCACCUGGUUCACACUUCCAGCAAUCGACCUUCUCUGUCCUUCGCCUAUUGCGAGGAUUUGUCCAAAGUCGCCUAAAAGAAACGGGCAAGCAGCCGGCAACUAUGUUCAUCUGCGGUUCACCUGGCAUUGGCAAGACGACGGCAGUCGACUACUGCUGCGAGCAAGUCAAGAAUGACUUCUCUUCUCAGGAUGGGAGUUGCAGGCACAGUGGCGUGACGCCUGUCGUUGUUAGUAUCAACUGCUCCAAGUUCGGAACGGGAGCAGAGGUAUUGGAUUCCGUCAAGGACAAGAUAUGGGCGGAAUGCAAAGGUACCGGCAGUGCCCGCAACGACAAUGUAUUGAAGAAGCAACUCACGUCCACAAACAAGAAUGACCCAAGCAGGCGCUUUCUGAUUCUCGUCUUGGAUGAAAUUGACCAGCUUGUCCACCAAGACUCUGUAAGUGAAAAUCCCAGAGACAAUAAGGAAAAGCUCAUUGACUUCUUCAGCGCGUGGGCAAGUGACUCGUCCUACCGCGUUGCUUUGAUUGGAAUCGGGAACACAAUGGCUGGUCCAAAGUUUCGCCGCUUGAAGGGCCUCAUGAGUGUACCGGACGACCAAACUAUUACCUUUGGGGCGUUCAGUUCGAAAGACUUGGAGGCUAUCAUGGCGGGUCGUCUCGGUGACAAGUCAAUUGUCGAUCCCAAGGCUUUGUCUUACAUCGCCAAGAAAUUUGCCAACUUGAAAGGAGACGCCCGUCCGGCAAUGGAACUGCUCACCAAAGUGUUGAAAAACGCCAGGGAACGAUCGCAGAAGCAGGCGGGAAAAGCAGCUGAUGGUUUCAUGGUAAAGAUCAGAGACGUCGUCAAAGCAGCGACCAAAGAGAGCCAACUACCGAAUCUCAUCGAGCAACUUCCACUACAUGGAAAGAUGAUGGUAUACGUUGCCGUUGGCCUGGCUCAGAAGAAUAGAGCUUCGGAAGAGAACGUCAAAUUGACUCGGGGUGAAUUGUUUCGUGCAGGCAGCGCCUUCUUUGCCGAGAAGUUCGGAGAACAUUCGGAGUUUAGUCCUUCCGACUGGAAUGCACACAUUGAUGCCAUGGAUGACAUGGGCUUGGCAAUCAUCGAAAGACAAGCCUAUUUUGCGCUACCCGACGACACGAUUGUGUUCGAGCACUUUCCCGAUGAGCUCGAAACAGCCCUGCAAGAUAGCUUGACCGGGGACGAUCGAACCUUUUUCGGGUACUAG